UUCAGAGCUCCAAAAUUCAGGAUACUCUCAAAAAGAGAAAAAAGGAACUCGAGUACUUCCACGAAAGUGAAAGAUCAAAUUAAAGUCGAGAUGAACUCGGCUGAAGAAGCAGUCAGUGCUGUUUUAAGACUUGCCCAGGAAAAUGCCGAGCUUCGAGCACUCUCCGAGAAGACGGCUCUCGAGAAUGAGGAACUGAGAAGGGCUCUCGGCAAGGCCCAGCUUGACCUUGAAAUCUCCAACACAAGGUGCAGGGAAUUGGAGGCAAAAUUACGAUCCCAGGCCACGAAUGCAGGCCUCCAAAAAGGGGAGACUGGCAAGGAACAGCAGGGGAGUGGCCGAGGAGCAGAUGGGGAGCUGCCAUCGACGUCCAAGCGUCAAUCCCCAGAUGGCGAAGGACAACCUCCCAAGAGACGCCGGCCGGAGGACGGAGGUGCGUCGGAGACGAACCGGAGAGAGUGGACCGCGUUGCAUCGUGCAGCAAUGGACGGAGACACGGAGAGGAUCAGGGCGCUGCUGGACGGAGGAUGGAACACGAGGGCGAGGGAUCCAUGGGGAAGGACGCCCCUCCACCUGGCCCUGUGGAAUGGGAAGGAGGCCGCGGCAGAGCUGCUGGUGAAUGCGGACUGCAUCACGGAUCUCGUGGAUAACUACAGUCGCACACCUCUGCAUCGCGCUGCCGGGAGUGGGUGUGUGAAUAUCGUCCGUAUGCUGCUCGUAGGGGGAGCAGACGGAAGUGCGAAAGACAGAGAUGGAUGGACGCCCCUCCAUGUUGCCUUGUCCUGGGGGAAGGAGGCCGCGGCGGAGGUGCUGCUGGAGGCCGCCCCCGAAUGCGACGGGCCGGACCGUUGUGGCCGCACCCCCCUCCACCUAGCUGCGGCAGAAGGUCUCCCGCGGAUAGUUCAAUCUUUGCUGUCGAGGGGUGCGCGCUUGAAGGCUAAAGCUAGAGAUGGACACUGUCCCCUGCGCCAUGCCCUGAUGCGUGGACAGGGCGGUGUGGCGAGAGUGCUCCUGGCGACGUACGCCUGGAAUAAUAUCGAGGUACAUUGGGAAGAGAUGCGGCUCUCGAAGGAUAAGGAGGAGCGCGGCGUCCGGCUGCUCUCCGAGUGCGAGGCCGAGAUGAGGGAUGCCCGGGUGGAGGGUUCCCGCCUCUCCCUCCGCGACCUCGCCCGCCGACACCCCUCCCGCCUGGCCCGGCGCCUCUCCGACGAGGCGAUCCGGCGGCUCUCGGACCGGGACCUCCUGGCGCGGGACUUCCCGCUUUUCGGCGACCUCCUCCUCGUCCGGCUGGGGGAGGUCCGGGAGAGGAGGGCCCUGGAGGACCGCUUCCUGCGCUGCUUCCCCCUCCUCUGCCGGCCCCUGCCCCCCACCUGCACCGACGUCCUCCUCGCGUGCCUGGCGGACGACGACCUGAGGCACUUCGCCCGAGCGGCGGAGCUCUAGUCCCCGGCGAAAAAGAAAAUAAAGAUCAGGACUUGAACUGUAUGAAUCUUUUGUUUUUGAAUGUGCCCGAGAUAGUUGACUGAACUUUAUCUGCUGUUUUCGUAAACAAACCCAUUUGUCUUGUCAAGAUGAUUAUUCUGAGACACCUUUCAAAUAGCUUUGUACAUCAUGUGCGAAAUGCUUUGUGUGUAUGAAUCACGUAAUAAAAGGAAUAUUCAAGCCAUUGAUAAAUUCUCUUUGUACCCUAUUGGCACGAAAGAAAUAGAGUGAGCCGAAAAUUUUAACCCAGCUUAAAAACUCAGAAAGACAUCCAAAUGGCUCGAUGCGUAAUCGGGGGAUAUUCCGAUAAUUGGGGAUCUGGUGCGGUGGUCUCAUUUUCGGGGUGAAUAUUUUUUUUUUUUUUUUUGUAAGAUGCC